AUGGAUCGCCUUAUGAUGGCCAUAGUCGCCGUCCUGCUGUAUUUGGCCAGCGGGUUCUCGGGAAGUUUUAGCUGUCCGGUGCAGCAGGGGCUGACUGUCACUAAGCUAAAUCAGAUCUUGGACCGAGCCAAGGAAUGCAGCGGCACGGGCACCAUGCGCCUGGGUGGUUGUUGUCGCGGUCCCUCUUCCCGAAAGUACCCCAUCUCAGAAUGGCCCCCGAACACUGAGAUCCUGCAAGCGCCAGAAGGUGGCACCCUGCUCAUUCACUGCAACAACAGCCUCAACACCAAUGGCACGCAGGUUUCCCACAUCGCGAUUCCGCCGGCAAUUGCAUACAACGGAUUGCAAGUUGCUCUCGACUCGGGAGGAGUAAGCGGAGACCACAAAUUGCCAUCCGACGAGAAAGACACUCGCUGCAACUGCACUGAAUCAGCGUCCGGUUACAUUAUACCGCUCUCCUGGCGGCAAUUCGAUUACAGUAGCUUGACUGGCGCGUUUACCAUCGCGCUAAAGAAUUUCACGUACGCCUACACCGGUCUGUACGAGUGCCUGCACUCCAACGGGAGCCAGCGGGUAGUGACGCAGCGCUACUGGCUCAGCGCGACCCUCCUCCGUCACGAGGUCUUCAGUCCGCCCAUGAAGAACGUUACCGUACGCUACGGCGACUCAGCAGAGAUGGUUUGCCCGGUCCGCUUCAAUUUCCUGCCUGGCGGCUUAAUGACGCGCUUCAUCUGGCGCAAGGAAAGCUCCCUGCUGAUAGCCAAAUCCAUUCCGGAGGUGGCCGAUAAGAUCUGGCAGCCUUAUGGUGUGACUGGACACUACGAGUUCGGCGCAGGCCGCGUGGAUGAAAUGUGUCGGUGCAAUUCUACGUUCAAAAUUGACAGUGCCACAUGGCAUCACGCCGGUCGCUACGAAUGUUGGUUCCGCAUCAACGACCGUCUCGACGAGUGGGUCGUGCAGGAGGCCUAUCUGCACGUCGUUUAA